AUGUCGUGGGAAGACGAGGUUGUGAUUCGCGAUGUCACCAAUGCCGGUCUUGUUGUCAGUGAUCGAAUUGGCCGUGAAGUUUCGUCGCAGCUUGACCUUGAAGAAGCUCUAGAAGCUUCCAGAUAUGCUAGCCACCCUUAUUCUACUCACCCUAGAGAGUGGCCUCCUUUAGUUGAGGUAGCGAAUACAUGGGAGUUGCCUCCCGUUCUUAUUGAAAGGUACAGAGCGGCCGGUGGGGAAGGGACUGCUUUUUGUGGAAUAUUUCCGGAAAUACGUAGGGCAUGGGCUUCUGUGGACAACACCUUGUUUCUUUGGCGUUUUGAUAAGUGGGAUGGCCAGUGUCCCGAAUAUAGCAAAGAGGAACAAGCCAUUUGUGCUGUCAGUCUUGCAAAAUCAAAACCAGGAGUUUUCAUCGAAGCUAUCCAGUAUCUUUUAAUCUUAGCAACCCCGGUUGAGUUAGUUUUAGUUGGAGUGUGCUGCUCUGGAGGAGCAGAUGGCUCAGAUCCAUUUGCAGAAGUUUCGUUACAGCCUUUGCCAGAUUAUACAAUAUCGUCUGACGGGGUUACGAUGACAUGUGUAGCAUGUACUGACAAGGGCCGCAUUUUCUUUGCUGGCCGCGAUGGCCACAUAUAUGAGCUUCUUUAUUCAACUGGCUCAGGAUGGCAAAAGCGCUGCAGAAAAGUAUGCGUCACUGCUGGUCUAGGAAGUGUAAUUUCAAGAUGGGUCAUACCAAAUGUAUUUAAUUUUGGAGCUGUUGACCCUGUUGUUGAAAUGGUUUUUGACAAUGAGCGACAGAUAUUGUAUGCUAGAACGGAAGAGAUGAAAAUUCAGGUUUAUGUUCUUGGACCAAUUGGUGAUGGACCCUUAAAGAAAGUGGCUGAAGAAAGGAAUCUUGUCAAUCAGAAAGAUGCACAUCAUGGAAGCAGACAAUCAAGUGGAUCAAGAGCAUCAAGUCGAUCACCGAAGCCAUCUAUUGUUAGCAUUUCACCCUUAUCUACACUUGAAUCCAAAUGGCUACAUCUUGUUGCUGUUUUAUCAGAUGGCAGAAGGAUGUACCUAUCCACCUCUCCAACUAGCGGAAGCUUGAACGGAUUCAACACGAACCAUCACAAACCUAGCUGUUUAAAGGUUGUCACAACAAGGCCUGCUCCUCCUUGGGGUGUUAGUGGCGGCCUCACGUUUGGAACUAUGGCUCUUGCUGGUAGACCACAAAAUGAGGAUCUCUCACUGAAAGUUGAGGCAGCCUAUUAUUCUGCAGGAACUCUUAUUCUUUCUGAUGCCUCACCUCCUACUAUGCCUUCACUCCUUGUUUUAAACAGGGAUUCAAGCACACAGUCAUCACCAUCGGGUAAUCUUGGGACAGGUACGAGGAACUCCCGGGCACUACGGGAAUCCGUAUCUUCUUUACCAGUUGAAGGUCGAAUGCUUUCUGUGGUCGAUGUUUUACCUCUACCAGAUACUUCAGCUACUGUGCAGUCUCUAUAUUCAGAAAUCGAGUUUGGUGUUUUUGAGAGCUCAUUGGAAUCGUGUGAAAGGGCGUCGGGCAAACUGUGGGCAAGGGGGGAUCUCUCAACCCAACAUAUAUUGCCAAGGAGGAGGAUUGUCAUCUUCAGCACCAUGGGCAUGAUGGAAAUUGUUUUUAACAGGCCACUAGACAUUUUAAGGCGGCUAUUAGAGUCCAACUUUCCGAGAUCAGUUUUAGAAGAUUUCUUCAAUCGUUUUGGUGCCGGUGAGGCAGCUGCAAUGUGUUUAAUGCUAGCUGCAAGGAUAGUGCAUUCUGAAAACUUUAUCAGCAAUGUUAUUGCUGAGAAGGCAGCUGAAGCUUUUGAGGACCCAAGACUUGUUGGCAUGCCACAACUUGAAGGCAGUAAUGCAUUAUCAAACACAAGAACUGGUGGUGGUGGAUUUAGCAUGGGUCAGGUUGUUCAGGAGGCCGAGCCUGUUUUUUCAGGUGCACAUGAAGGGCUCUGUUUGUGUUCAUCUAGAUUACUCUAUCCUCUAUGGGAACUACCUGUGAUGGUUAUAAAAAGAAGUGCAGGUGCUUCAGGCACUUCAUUUGAAAAUGGGGUAGUUGUAUGCAGACUAUCCAUUGAGGCUAUGCAAGUCCUUGAACACAAACUUCGAUCUUUAGAGAAAUUCUUAAGAUCUAGAAGGAACCAGAGGAGGGGACUUUAUGGCUGUGUAGCAGGUUUAGGAGAUGUUAGUGGUUCCAUUCUGUAUGGUAGUGGUUCUGCAUUGGGUGCUGGUGACCGAAGUAUGGUAAGAAACUUGUUUGGUGCAUAUUCCAGAAAUAUGGAAUCCAAUGGUGGUGGAGCCACAAAUAAAAGGCAAAGGUUACCAUAUAGUCCUGCAGAAUUAGCAGCCAUGGAGGUGAGGGCAAUGGAGUGCAUUAGGCAGCUGCUCCUUAGGUCCGGUGAAGCUCUCUUUUUGCUUCAACUCCUCUCUCAGCAUCACGUCACUCGCCUGGUUCAAGGAUUUGAUACUAACCUUCAACAAGCCUUAGUUCAGUUAACAUUUCAUCAACUUGUUUGUUCCGAGGACGGCGACCGUCUUGCUACAAGGCUUAUAUCUGCUCUAAUGGAGUAUUACACUGGUACAGAUGGCAGGGGAACUGUAGAUGACAUUAGUAAGAGAUUAAGAGAGGGUUGUCCAAGCUACUACAAGGAGUCCGAUUACAAAUUUUUCUUAGCCGUGGAAGCCCUGGAGAGAGCUGCUGUGACUAUAGAUGAUGAGGAAAAGGAGACUCUCGCGCGUGAGGCAUUGAAUUCCUUAAGCAAAGUUCCAGAGUCUGCGGACUUACGCACUGUUUGCAAACGUUUUGAGGAUUUAAGGUUUUACGAAGCUGUUGUGUCCUUACCUCUUCAAAAGGCACAGGCUAUCGACCCCGCAGGUGAUGCUUAUAAUGAUGAAAUUGAUGCAACAGUCAGAGAACAAGCACUUGCUCAGCGUGAGCAGUGUUAUGAGAUAAUUAUCAGCGCUUUGCGCUCUCUUCAAGGUGACAGUGACACCUUGCGAAAGGAAUUUAGCUCUCCCAUUAGAUCUGCUUCACAAUCUGCACUUGAUCCAGCCUCUCGGAAAAAGUAUAUAAGCCAAAUUGUUCAGCUGGGUGUCCAAUCUCCGGACAGAAUUUUCCAUGAGUAUCUUUACCAGGCUAUGAUCGAUUUAGGCCUUGAGAAUGAACUGUUAGAGUAUGGAGGCCCUGACCUGUUGUCAUUUUUGCAAAGUGCUGGUCGUAAACCCAUACACGAGGUUCGUGCUGUGACUGCAACAACUUCUCCAAUGGGCCAAUCAGGAGCACCUAUGUCCUCUAAUCAAGUCAAGUACUAUGAACUUUUGGCACGUUAUUAUGUCUUGAAGCGACAACAUAUGCUUGCUGCUCAUGCAUUGCUAAGACUAGCUGGAAGACCUUCAACUGAAGGAGUUCCUGCUCUUGAACAAAGGUGUCAAUACCUAAGCAAUGCAGUUCUACAGGCAAAGAAUGCAACUAAUAGUGAUAUGUUGAUUAGUUCUACUCGAAGUUCCAGCGACACUGGAUUACUAGAUAUGAUUGAAGGGAAGCUUGCUGUUCUUCGGUUUCAGAUAAAAAUAAAAGAGGAACUAGAGGCUAUGGCUUCCAGUUCAGAGGUCUUACAGAGCACAUCCAAUUCUGUUGAAAAUGGUAUUGUCCCUGAGGCCAGUUCAACUAUCGAUGGCAAUGUAACACGGGAGAAAGCCAAGGAGUUAUCAUCAGAUUUGAAGAGCAUAACUCAGUUAUAUAAUGAAUACGCUGUUCCCUUUAAGCUCUGGGAGGCAUGCCUGGAGAUGCUGUACUUUGCCAAUUAUUCGGGUGAUAGUGACAGCAGUAUUGUCAGAGAGACAUGGGCUAGACUUAUAGAUCAAGCUAUUUCAAGAGGCGGCAUUGCUGAAGCUUGCUCAGUGCUUAAGAGAGUUGGGCCUCGACUAUAUCCCGGUGAUGGAACUGUUUUGCAGCUUGACAUUAUUUGUCUUCACCUGGAGAAGGCUGGACUGGAGAGAUUAAAUUCAGGAGUCGAAACCGUUGGAGAUGAAGAUGUUGCGAGAGCGCUUGUUUCUGCUUGUAAGGGUGCAGCAGAACCUGUCUUGAACGCAUAUGAUCAAUUGUUAUCAAAUGGGGCAAUUUUGCCAUCCCCAAAUCUUAGAUUACGGAUGCUGAGAUCAGUUCUAGUGGUACUUCGAGAGUGGGCUAUGUCUAUUUAUUCACACAGGAUGGGUACAGGUGCCACUGGUUCUUCCAUAAUAUUAGGUGGUGGAUUCUCAUUGGAACGAACAGUUGCUAGCCAAGGAAUUCGGGACAAGAUCACAAGUGUGGCAAACAGGUAUAUGACUGAAGUACGGAGGUUAGCCCUUCCGCAGAGCCAAACAGAAGUGGUUUACCGCGGCUUUAAAGAACUCGAAGAGUCACUCAUAAGUCCUAAUUCUUACGGUCGAUUUUGA